AUGGGGCAAAGCCGUUGCACCCUUGCGACAACAGAAGGACAUGUAACAGCUUGCUUAAAUUCGAUCGAUCAUCUUCAGGACAAAGAUUUAAGGGAUUAUAUUGACAUCAAUGCUCCCUGGAAUGAAUUCAUACCGGAGAUUGACCAGGAAAGUAAAGAAUUCAUCGAAUUAGGGAGUAUUACUUUAGGUUAUAUUGUUCAUAAGUUACUUCUAAAAUUUCCUCAAGAAUUUUUAAGACCUAAACUUCCUGAGGUUAAAGUUCGAGCGAUUUUGCUUGGAGUUUCUGAUCCAAAGCAUUAUUCAACACUGCAAGAUUUACUUAAACACCAGAAAAUAAGCGUGAUUCGGGUGGAAGAUGCUAUUAACUAUUGUCUUCAGUGUUAUAAAGAAGAAAAGAAGGAUGAAGACAGUGCAGAAGAAUUUAAACUUGAAACUCAUUCGGAAUCAUCCAUAAAAAGUCCUGAGGAUUCCACUUUGAAUGGUGAAGGUAAAAGCAAAAAUAUAACAAAAAUUGACAAAAAAACGCAGACUUCCAAAGUGAUUCCUUUCGACGACAUGCACCCAAGAUUGAGCGACAGCGCCUAUAUCGGAGAAUGGACCCACAGAUUUAUCAUCCAAGGUGAACCCGUUUCUGAUGAAUUAAUAGCCAAGGUUAUUUUCGAGUACCUGAAGAGUUUUGACGACAUCAAAGGCUGGGUUUUGAUAAAUUAUCCAGUUACUUAUCGACAACUAGCGUUUCUUGAGUUGUCAUUGAGCGGCAGACCACUGACUGAUGUCAAUAAAGUCUUCAGUUUCAAUGAAGAUGAUAUUGAAGACUAUGAAUUUGAACCUCAGAUACAGUUCGAAGAUUCAGGCGAAUCUGAUUGCAGAGAAUCAAAACUGCUGCCGCAUUUGGUGAAAUCUGAUGCAAAAUAUAAUUCUUGUUUGACCGUGUACGUAAGAAUGAUUGAAAAACCUGCAGAAGUUGAGGGAAAUGCUGAAGAAUUGCUUGAAGUAAGAGCUGAAGAUAUAACGCGUGUGGAUGAAUUCUACAGAGACCAAGGAAUAGCUCGGGUGGUUUAUUAUGAUGAGUGUGAUAGCAAGACACUGAAAAAAGUCGUGAGACUAAUUAUUGGGGAUGUUAGAGCUCCGAGGAAGUCUUCUGAAGAAAUUUUUGAGAGUGAAGAGUUCAGAAAUAGCUCUGUUAAAUCAUUGAGUGUUGAAAGUUCGCAGUCUCAAGAAUGUAAAGUCAAGCCUGGCGAAUUAAACUGGACUUGGGUGGAUCUGCCGCUUAAAUUUGAGGUUGCCAAGGAGCUGGUUUCGCUGUGGAGGAACUGCGAAAGUACUUAUGUUAAUGAACUGAAAGAUAUCUUGUCUCUGAAGAGGCUAAACUUGACUGCAAUCAUUCCUUACAAGGAUUUUGUUUACAAUCGAGUGGCCCAAAGCGGUAAAAUUGGCUCGGAUAAGCAAGAGCUCGUGAAGAAGUUCAAGGAGGCUUUUAAUAGCGUAAUUGAAGGUGGCUUUGAUAAAGUUGAGAAGAGUGAAUUGCGCGGUGACGUAGAAGAGUUUCAGAUGGAAUUAUGGGAGAUUUGUGAUGCAAAAAGGCUAAAAGCUGAUGAAAAAAGGAAGAAGAUUAUUUUGGAUGACUGGACUUCCAAGCAAAUUAUUGUGCUGGUUAAUAUUUAUGUCAGGAUUAUACAGAUUGAGAUAAACCGGUUUGUGGAUACUUUGGAAUUUUUGAGGUGGUAUUACUUGACGAUGCUGCAGCGGACGAUUGAAGAUAAUAUUUUUAGGAAAAUUAUUCUGGAUAAAGUUUCAGGAAAUUGUGGAGGAGAAGAAAAAAAAUGUCCAAAGCUACCAGAAAUAAAUGACGCUGCUUUGCAAAAGGAAAUUCAGAGCUUGAUGUUGGGUGUCAGCGAUAAUUUGGAGGAAGUUAUAGAUGAUUGUCUACAAGCAAUAACGCCGACUAUUGAUUAUGCACAAUCUAUAGUUGAAGAGUUAUCAGACUCAGCGGUUGGUGAUUUGAAGAAAGAACGUGGUUCUAAAUCAAAGAGACGUUGUUCAACGGUAAGAGUUAAAAAAAAGUCUGAGAAGUUAUCUGAUGUUUCUGUAAAACCCAAGAAAGUUAAAUUGGGAUCCAAGAAGAAAAAUUUAUUCUUAGAGUGGAAGUACGCGCUGAUGUACGAGAUAAAUAGAGUAAAAAUGAGGGUGCAGAUACUAAAUUCGGCUGUCAAAGCGGACAUUGAGUUUCUUCUUGUAAAUAUUAAGCGAGGAUUUUCUUUGGCUGGUCAGUCGAUAAAUGAAAGAUAUAAAAUUGAGAUUGAUAAUGUCAAUGAUUUGGUUAAAUUAUUUGAAAAAGCUAUUGAAGAUGAACAUCUUAUUGAAGAAGAAAUAAAUUUAGUUAACGAUUGUUUUGUUAUUCCUAAAGACGUUAAGGUUGAGCCUUUGGUUUCAGAGGAAGAAAUUGAUGAUAAAUUUAGAAUAGAACAGUUGUGUUAUUUGAAAGAUGUUUUCCAGAGUGUAGAACCUCGUGGGAUUAUUUCAAAGGUUUCUUUUGUAUAUAUUUUGCAAGACUUGGUCACUUGCGAAGAAUCAGAAGCGGAAGAAGAGGAAGAAGAGUUGAAAGAGGGAGAAUAUGUUAUUUCUUCUUUACCCACUGCGUGGUUGAAGUUAACGCCGGAGGAAAUUAAAAAAGUAGUUGAUGAGGUUUUUGAAGAUGAUACUGUCGAUUGGAGAGAGUUUAUUGUUUAUGCAUUGGAUGUUAACUUGAGUCAAGAUGCGAUGCUUGAUGCACUGGAUGCUUUCAAGCAGAAAGAUAGUGAUAAAGAUCAAAUUAUUAGUAGGAAAGAAUUUUUUUCUGUGCAUCUCUGGCCGUUUAAUUUGAAGAUUGAGCAUGAAGAAAUUGAAAAAGAAGAAAUUUUUGAGGCAGAGAAGUUUAAUAAUGAUACAGAUGAUUUAAAUAAGUCUCAGGAUGAAAAAAUUGGAGAUAAAGAAAUUGAUUUAGAAGAGAAUGAUGAAGAAGAAAUAGGAAGGCUUUAUUUAAUGAAACUGUUUGUCUGCGAUAUGUUUUCAAAUGAUGAUAGCCUUAAUUAUAUGGAAAUUUUACUUGCGUUCUGUAAAGAUAAAGAACCGAUUUAUGGAUUUGGAAAAGCUUUGAGUGUUUUUCUUGGACAGAAAAUUUGUAUGGAUUAUGAUGAAGGAGAGAAGUAUGUCGCAAGUAUUGAAAAACAACAUUCGCAGCAAGUUAUAAAGAGAUAUGCUAAAAGAGUGAGCGAAAAAUGUGUGGAUAAACUGAUUGAUUGUGUUGCUGAAAAUUUAGAUAGAGUUGAUGGGUCUUUGGAAAGAAAUAUUGAAAAUGCUGAACUGGUAGUUGAGGAUCAGGAAAAUUUGCGAUUGCUCAGUCGUUCAGAUGAGGAAGAUUUAAAAUUAACUAAGUCGAAUGAAGAAGAUUUGAAAUUAACUAAGUCAGAUCAAGAAGAAAUGAAUUUUAGUGAGUCAGAUGAAGACUUGCUUCUUUAUUAUAAUGAAAAUUUUUAUGAUGAGCAGUGUCAUGAUAUUUCGGUUUUAACGUCAUUGUUGCCUCAAACAGCUAUAGAAGAUCUAGAAGCAAGUACGGGAGUUUCAUUAAAAGAAAAUUUGCGAAUUGUCAGUAAAGAAUUACGUUGUAAAGACACUAAAAUUAGUUGCAAGCUCGUGUUGGCUCACCGUCUUCUCCGUCAUGACAUGAUCACUCGAAUGCUUGCGUCGACCAAUAGAUUUACCGCCAAAAACCUGAGCAGUAUCCUGAGAAAAAUUAUCAAGACAAAGUAG